GUUUUAAUACCUUGAUCAAGUCAUGUCUUCUCUCUAAAGUCAUCAUAAGCCAAUCAUGACUCACGAUUUAAUAGCGCUGAACUUUCUCCAAACUCAGUUCAAUCAAACAACAAACAGCAGCACUUCAAAACACGAGUUUUUGCACUCAUUACAUGAUAACUUAUGAAAGCUGUUUUACAGGAAAAGUCAACAUUUAUUCAAGCGAACGUAUAAUGAAAAAAUACGUUCAUGGUUUGUUUACUACUGAAGUACAUCAGACUGUACGCCGCUGUAUUUUGUUGAGUCGAUCCGUAAGAAUUUCGUGCUUACAGACGGAACUGGCAGCUAUUGUAAUGGAGGACUUCAUUCACAUAGUACAAGCCGCAGUGGUUUAAGAUCUGUUUUCUGGACUUUAUUAUGAUUAAGAAAUGCUGCGGUAACGACGUGGCUGCAUUUGCGAAGUUGUCGCAUGUAACUUUUAUAUGCACGGACAGCGACCGAUGGAAAUAUGUCACUGGUGGAGAAAGGUUUCUUUGCCGUAGCCACAAAUUGUCGUUAAUACUUGUCGAUUUGUAAAGUCAGGUGGUUUGAGGUAGGUUAUGGCAUCGAUAUCACCGAAUAAUUUGUGCAAAUGUUGGAAAAAACCAGCCCGAAACUCUGACAUCUUUCAUCAUCGUUGGCAGCUUGUUUACAACCUACAGCGGCCGAUUUUGUACCAUACCUUGAUCAGAGAUCUCUUUUUGGAACAAUUUCUUUCAUUAAGGAAUUUAAUUUUGACAUAAAAUAAAUCAAGAAUGCUAAAACUACCCGUUUCGUUGCUGGUUGGCACAUGGUCAAGUUUUCCUGGAGACUUUCUACACCAGAAAUUUACACAGUUGUUGUCUUUCUCUGCGAUUUGGCAUCGUCGUGAAAUGUAAACUGCUUUCCAGCCUUCUACUUUAUUACUUCUAAAGCUAUGGCACAAAUAAAAUGUGGAAACCAACGCUUUUGAUAUUAAGAAGGGCUGGGUAAGUAACUUGUUCUUUUUUUUAGCCUUUCUAAAAUCAUUGUUUGCAGAUCAAUAGCCGGUUUUGUUUAUGGCUCGUGGUCCGGAUGCCUUUUUCUAUGGGUUUACCGGUAUAAUAAACCAUAGGUUUUUGACCAAUCAGAUCACGCGUACUAUCUCAGUUAUUUUAUAAAUUUGAAAUAAUCGACUCCCUCGAAUAAUCAGUGCCCCCUUUUUGUGCGAAAAAAGAAAUAAUCGACCCCGGCUAUUAUUCGAGGAAAUACGGUAAUUAACAUAGGGAUUUGGAUGGGAAUCAAGAAAAACUCUUGCUUUAUAAGCAUGGCUCGUUUUUACCUCAUUUGUGAUUAUUUUCCUGAACACAUGCAAUUUAGAAACACGGAAGCGCGAGAAAUUGCCAAGAUUGCAUCGGAUCAAUUAAAUCAAACAACUCUCCGGUACUGAGUUUGGCUGUCUGUGGUUUAAACGUCGUUAUUCUGCUGUUUUCAAAGUCGUUCAAACCAGUUUUGGUUUCUAUAACAGCUAUUUUGUUGGACUGAAUUUAAUUUGAAGGUUGAAGCCAUGUCGUGCUACUGUCAAGCUACAUUAAAGCUUAGUAAGACGGAAGUGUUGCGUUUGAAACGGGCCUUUAAAGUUUCAAAGGACCCCGGUCGCGCAGCGUGGCGACUGCAUCUUGAAUGUGAUACAAACAAAAAUAUGAUAUCGAUCAGUGCAUAUUUAGGAAGUGAUAAUCCUUCAAUAUCUUGACACGUACUUGCCCUCAUCUUCGUCGACAGAGAGUAUGACGUUUACAGACGUUGGUUCGUAUUUGACGCACCUACAACAAUUACGAAAUUGGAAAGGAAGUUUACAAGUGCUGCGUAAUGCACCUGUUUUGAUAUUGGUAUAAAUGGAUAUGAGAAACUGAAAAGGCGUUGGUUAAAAAUUUAAUAUCAUUGAAAGCAUAUUUAAGGGUUUGACAGACGUGGUCACCUGUUUGUAAGUGAAUCCCAUCAUUUCUCAAACUGUAGGGAAUCGGAUAAAGCGUCUAUGUUCCGUUUCUCGCCUAGGAGAACCGCUACAGAACACAGCUAUGAACGGUAUCGCGAGUGUCUCGAUUGUGUUUAUAGCUUUUUUGACAACUUGUAAAGGUAUGAUAAUCAUACUUGUAUAUUUGUUAAAUAUUUUCGCUGUAUAUACUGUCAUUUCGGGCAAAUGUGUGUAUGUCAUUAAUUUUUUAGCUAAAAUACAUUAGUCCAAAGCUGCUGUAGCAAAUACCAGUAUUUUCCUAGUAAGUGCUUGGUCUCUCAAUACUCGAUUAUUUUAGACUUUCGAUAUCUGACGAGAAUGGGAAUUAACAUAUUUGCAAAUUUUCAUAAAAAGUCAGACUGUACUGCAUAAACAAUUGUGCGUAAAUCGUUAUCCAGUAUAUAUAUAUUUUUACUUAUGUGUGUUAUACUGAUAAAAAUUUUUGGGCGAAUAACUUCUUUCUACCUGUAUAUUAAUAUUUAUUACUAGUAAAAAAUUUUGGCGAGGAGCUCUACGCGAGGACAACCACUCUGUAUAAUAAUAAAUAUAUUUAUUAUUUUACAGAAUGAUUGAUCUCGCGUAGGGUUCCUCGCCCAAAAUGUUUUACUAGUAUAUAGUUGUUAAUAUAUAGGGUGAUUGUCUUCGCGAAGAGUUUCUCGCCCAAAUUUUUUUAUAGUAUAUAUUUAUUAUUUUACAGAAUGAUUGAUCUCGCGUAGAAUUCCUCACCCGAAUUUUUUUUCUAGUAUAUAUGUGUUGUUUUUAUAUAUAAUGAUUUUACUGAGUAAAGUUAACAUUGUUCGCACAAAAUUAUUUAUACAGUGACUGUCUCACUUUUUCGCAAAACAUACCGCUGAGAUACAUUUGAUCCUUUCGGUCUUCGAACAGACAAAGCCAAAAUGACGUUGUGAACCGGCAGUGCCCAAUAGCUAAAUAUUUUCAGCCCGCACAAAAACUAACAGCAAACGGUUUCGUUUGCUCAGAAGAACCGCCAGUUUUACCCUUUGCUAUCUUCACCCAUGAAAAGAAGCUUGUAAGCUUUCUAAUAGAGAUGAUAUUAAAAGAAACUGAGGGUUUCUGCCAAUUUGUGUAAAAGCAUGCAUGCCUUGCGAAAAUGGGUACAGGCUGAAGUAGGUUUCAUCUACUUAGAAUUGGAUAACCAAAUCAAAUCGAAGUGUUUCACAGUUUGUUUUCGUUGCAAAUAUUAGGAAGAAACUAAAAAAUGGCCGAAAGUGAAACAUUUUUCAUAUUUUACCAAGUUGGCAUAGAUUGCUGAGUGCCCACAUAUUUGCCAGCAUUUUUUGGACGGGCGCGUCGCCAAAGACGUAACUUCCUCUCUACUUUCAAGGUCUGCCGUAUUGCGAAUGCCCUCGCCCACGACAACCUCAUCCGUAGAAUCAAAUUAUUUCUCACUGACGGAAAGAAAAUACGUAGUGUUGUUAAUAGUAAUCCAUUUUCAGAAUUUCCAUUUGCCCCUGGAAUUUUCCAGUGGGACGAACCAAACAAACGUUUACCAUUUAUUUCCCAACCGAAAUUUCCGGGAAUUUGUGGUAAAUGGUAAACAACCGAUAAUAAUAUUGAUGACAAUAAUGUUGCAUUUCAACCUCGUUCCCAAGCUCCUCUCUGGCUACUCGUCCUCACCGAGGCAGAGACUACUAGGAAGGACCGUGGGAAAGACGUUGAUUGAAUUUCUGUACACUACUCAUACAUCUCUCCGUAUCCAUAUGUUUCCCUAUGGUUAAACUUAUCAUUUACCCCUUGACUGAACGUUUCAACGGUCGUUCCACCGUACGCUAAUUCGUUUUCGUUCCCCAAGGGGAGGAGGGUUUUGAAGGGUUUCAAAAGCGUUCUCGAUUGUAGGAUUUCAAUUCUGUCAAUUUACUUAUCAUUCUCAAUAGCUCUUUAAGACAAGAUAUUUCUAAAUUAAUUCAAACAAGUUAGAUAAGAGGAGAAAAAAGAGAACGACCCUAGUAAUAAUAAUAUAUGAACAAGUAUCAAGACGACCCACGUAAGCUGAGCCAGUCGACUCUACCGUCGGGCAAAAUUUAUUGUGUCCAAGGUUCAAAAAAAGUAAUAGAUUAGAAAAGUAAAAAUUAUAACUCAGUAUCGUGGGUGGGUUCUAUAUAGUUUUAAUGAAUAAAUAGAUAGAGAGUUAAGUUGCGAAAUGUCCUUAUUCAGGAUGUUGCAAGUUAUGAAUGCAGAUAUGUAGAGUGUUUAAAAAGAAACUGUGCUGCGUGGUCAUAGCCUGCGAGUAGCAGGCUCACCGGUGCAAUUUUGGGGAAAAUUUUGGCUGCGGAACCGCCGGCGCGAGCUGACGAAGCCGGCAAUAAGAAUGCAGAAUAGGCCGAGCCAUUCUUCUCGACGGCUAACGCUUGCGGAUCGGUCGCUAAAAUUUUCUCCGAAAGCCCCCAAGUAAGCUGCCUGCGCGCAGGCACCGGCUACGUUGUUAGGGAAAUAAAACACAAAAAUGUGGCUUAGCGAGAGCUAGAGACGUUAGCCAUAGAACCUUUUCACGGUAUUAUUAACUUAUAAAGCCAAGUGUUUACUGGAUAAAUGACUUACAGGACUGAUUUUCAUUGCAGUUACAGGUAAAAUGUCCUUUGAAAAUCAGUGUAUCUAUUGGCACAACUAUUUCCGCACACUCCAUCAGGUAAAUUGCUUUGUAAUUUCUAGCACAGGUUGUGGAAUUAGAGUAGAAUUACUCUGAAAAUUCAGAGAAUAGGUUUGAAAUUUUUAAAAUUUAACGGAUGUUUUGUAUAUUGGGUUUGGAAAAAGGGAAUUCCUAGGUGUCAAUUUUGGAAUCAUGGGUUGAAGGGGUGGUUAAUGUCAUAAUUCAGUCCAUCUUCUUAUGUCAUUUAUAUUGAUCUAUCUUCCUUUUCCUUUUCUCUACUUAAUUUCUUCCCAGUUAUAAAUUACUUUUAUUUUCCUCUGCCCACCUCAAUUAGCCAAGCUAUUUGCGAGCAGAGGAUGUUUGUGUUACAUUUAUGUUUUGAUUUAAUUUACCUAAUUUGAUUUGUAACUUUUGAAGAUCAGUAGACUUCAACCUUUAAUUUACUUAACUUAAUUUGUAACUUUAAUUUGUAACUUAUGAAGAUCGAUAAACUUCAACUUCAACUAUAAUAAUAAUAAUGAUAAUAAUAAUAAUAAUAAUAAUAAUAAUAAUAAUAAUAAUGACUGUUUAAGACUCAUUGCAGCAAUAUACAUAAUGGCUGAAUUACAGAGCUAUUUACAAAACAUAUAAUACUAAAAUAUAAUACAAUAAAUCCGAUAAAUACUUGAAAAUAUAAUUGUACAAGCCACGAGGUAUACUUAUGCGUGACAAACUCUUGCGUGCGCUUGGUCCUACAGGUAGGACGCGUGGAGCAGCUAAUGCCAGAUCUAAGAUUAAAAUUAAAAUUCUUCAACUUCAUUGGUUCUAAUUGUGAGGGAGAUAAUCUUAUGAUUUUGCGUUCUAGGGGUGAGCCUACACCCCAACCGAAAAAAAGGCGACACUGUCCAACCUCCAUGUGCGACCAACUCUCAAUCUUGACCACCUCCAAUAAACGACUAUCUGCCCAAAACACGCAAAUGUUCCUAGUUAAAUAAUUACAGUAGGAGACCUCUCUUAAAUUAACGACCCUCCGACUACGCAACUCCUACUUGAGCGAAACAGCUCUCUAAAGCAACAUUAUAUGUAUUUAUCAUGGGUUAAGUAACCUUUUCUUUGGGGUGUUACAUGGUAUGCUGUUCUGUUGCUUCAUUAGCGGUAGGCUAUAUAUAUUUGAGUUGUUCUCAUUUAUAUUCAUUCGCGUCUUACGACCGUCCCUACGCCCUCAAAAUUAAAUACCCAGUGAUCAGGGGUUUCUCUUAGACGUAGUUUUUUGCAUGCUGCUAUAUGAAAAGUUUAGCACGUUUUGUAUGUUUACUGAAUGAUUGUUAUACGAGCAUAGUUUAGAUCAUUUUGCUGGGUUGUUUUUCUUGCUGUAAUUUUUUACAUUUCCGAGUUUUCAUUCUGUUUGUUGUAUUAUUUCCAUCCAUUCUGUUGAUGAAGGCAUAAUAAAGAGGGUCGCACACGGCUCGUGUUGACACACCCCAAUUGAGGUUGCUUGUUACAUGAUAAAUGUUUUAUAUUCGUUUGAGCGGGGUAGCGAAUUAGAAUAUAAAUGACCUUCAUUUGGAAAAUAAAACACUCAAACUUAGGAGGUAUAGUUUGUCUAUUUUCUAUUUUAAAGGGUUCAAUUCGCGGUUUUUUUUCUUCAGGUCCCCAAUGUCACGUGGUCGAAAAGUCUUCAGAAAGAAGCGGAGGACUGGGUCAAAUAUCUAGCAGAAAACAACAAGUUUGAACAUAGCAAUAAGAAUCCUGGGAAUUUAUACCUGUCCCAUCCUAAUGAAUAUCCAGAGGAGUAUUGCAGUGAUGCUAUACAGUGGUUCCAUUCGGAGGAAAAGUUUUAUAAUUACGACAAACCCGGUUAUAGUCAAGCAGCAGGACAUUUUACUACGGUAUGAACAAUAUAUUUCGUGCUGGAAUAAACAUUGAAUGAAAUAGUUUGAUGAAUAAAUGAUGUUAUUAUUCUUUCAAAAAUUUUCCCUUUUCUGACUGUUUCAAAUCUGUGGUGAAUUAUGGGAUCAGACUCGGCGCAUGAUUUAAAGCUUGUUCAGCUCAUGGGGAUACUGUAGCAUUCUGGGCAAAUUGACAACACAUUCAGCAGCCACAUACGUAACGCCCAUCACUUCAGUGAUAAUAGAGGCAGAAUAGUGCGGUGUGGCUUGCUGUUGUGGGAUUACUCUAGUGCUGCUCGUACUUCUAGUCUGCUACACAGCCGUUUUUAUUGUCGUCACGCAGGGCUCCUCCCCACAAGAGGAAGCGUUGCGUGACGACUCUGAAAACGGCUGUGUAGCAGACUACUUGUGCUUCCUGAUGCCUGGGUUAAAAUUUAAAAUAAAACUUCGUCACUUUCAGCAUUCUUUGGUUUGUUUGUUUUUUAUUUUCAGGUGGUUUGGAGAAAUUCCAAAGAAAUUGGGGCAGCGUGGGCCAUUCGCAAAGACAGAAGACUUGUUGUUUCUAUCAAAUACAACCCAGGAGGCAACUAUGUCGGUUACUUCCGUAAAAACGUUUUGCCGCCCAUUGCUCGUACUCUAGGUUCUAAAUGGCCUUACACUCCACCCAAGUUUACAUGGUGCCCAGUACGACCAACCACGGAUCCUACGGAGCCUGCAGCUGGAAAAGGGAUGAUCUGUAGUCUUUACUUGGUUAUUGGGUCUUUAAUCUUUGCUGGUUUAAUGUUAUGAACUGAUUUGAUCAUGAUUUAAAAAUUAAAACUAAACGAAAGCGUUGUUAUCCCGACCUACACACAAAUUCUCGAGACUGAUCUCCAUACAUUUCCUAAAGAAUGAGUUGGGAGAAUUUGAUAAAAGGUCAAAGUAUUAUUCCUCAGGUGGCCUCUCUCUUUUUUCUUGAUUAUGUAUUGAUAAAAUUAUUAUUUUCACAUGACGUCACUAAAAUUCAAACUAAAAAACUAUCGAUCCUACCGACAUUUUACUUUCACGAUGCAUUAGAGCCGCUGAAAACUAAUUUUCAUACAAAUUUCGCUUCAAAAGGGUUCUUGGUUUUGUGAUAGAUUACGCUUGAUUUUCUCGCGGCAUUUACAUGACGGCCAAGAGAGCUCUCAUGUAGGUUAGAAAAAUGACUUAUUAUUCUUCCAGUCUAAUUCGUUUUCUUUCAGCUAAGUGAAUGAUGAGUUCUUGAAAGGUGUUUCUAAUUUUCUAGUCGGUGGACCACAUCCUAUGGCCCGUGUGGCUCUGAAAUGAGCGUUGAACGGAAGUGGCCAUAACUCGAUCGCCGGCUUGACUAAUAAUCCGUUGCGAGUAGCCACGGCGUCUGGGAAAAAAACAUUUCUUGGCUGUUAUCUUUAAAAUUUGUCUCGUUACUGCAGAUGCGCCGUAAGCGGAAAAACUGACUGUAGGGGUAGUUUCCUAACGACGAGUGGGGUGCAAGGAGGCAUAAUUAAGGUAAGAAUGAGUGUCAGUUGCAUUGUAAUGUAUCCUUGUAACGAGACGAUCAGUUGUUGGCUUCAAAACGAGGUCGUGAAAAGGUAGCUGCUCAUCAGAGAUGGAACAAGUAAACUUUAGACUGGGAUGAAAACCAUCCUCAAAGGUAACAAAAUCUUCGAUCUCUUGUCUACUACCAGCGAAGGCUCAGGCAAUGUCGUCGAUAUUCCGCUUGUACAGAUCGGGUGUUCACCUUGUCUACUGAUCAAAGAUUUGUUCCUCGAUGUGACGACCAUAAGCAGGCACACAUAGCUGGGCCUAAGUCGACUCCCCAUAGCGACUCCUCCGAUUUGGCUGUAAUAGCGGAGCACCGUGGUAAGAAAACUUGGUUAUCUGUGCAUCCAAGAAAUUUUGGUCCCGAGAAAAUCGUCCGUACGCGUCCGUACUUACGCCCACCUCUUCAUGUAAGCCUGGGUGAAAUUUUGCAUUUCAAGUACCCGCGCGUUUCGGCUGUAAAUCGCAUAGCCACCCGGAAUUUUAGAGAUUAAAAAAAAAAAAAACAACAACAACGCCGAUUCUUUCUUUCGACUUAAUUUUAAUGUCUACAUUGACGUGGAUAACAGAGAAAGAGGUAGAGAUAAAAAAAACAAAGGAGACCAAUUUCUUUGGAAGAAUAACUUGAAAAUGUUAUAUCGGGGGUGAGAAAAGGAGAUGUGCUACCUGCCUCCAAAGUGAAAAUGGGUGGCCACGAAAAAAAAAGUGAACAGGAGCAAAAUUUUCUUCAUAAAACGUGUAACUAGGAAGUUUCUGGAAGUUUCACGUUGUAGUCGUGCAAAACAACGGUAAAGAAAUGUACAACAAAAGUGUGCUGCACGUGCAAAGUUUUUUUUUUUGCUAAUUAGACCCAUGUACUGAUUUUUUUUUGGCUCUUUUUCUUGCCGUUGCUACUUAGUAUUACCCUUUUUUAUAUUUUGUUCCAUUCAACUAUACUGUGAGAUAAUAACGAGAGCUUCGCUUUUAGCCCUGGCUAGAUCUAUGUCUUACUUUCAAUUGAAAGAGAAAGUAAUCAAUGUAAUAGACCAUUUUACAGUUGUGGGCUUAGGGCCUGUUUACAUGGAGUGGGGGACCCCGGUCUAGUGGGGUUGGUUUCUUUUGUUUUGACACUCUGGGGGACACAAAACAAAAGAAACUUACCCCACUAGACCGGGGUCCCCCACUCCAUGUAAACAGGGUCUUAGUACCCUUGCCUUCGAGUGAAUGCGAGGCUGGGGGUGACCUUGUUUUGAUGCAAACUUCCUUUGCUUUGUUAUGGAAAUUGUCCUUGAAAAACACUAGUUAGCAUAAGAAUAACUUGAAUUACAUAAUAAAGCACAAAGGUUUGUAUCAAAACAAGGUCAACUCCAGCCUCGCUUUUAUUCGGAACUGUAAAAUGACCUAUUAAUGUGUAAGAGCCAAGAGUCGGUCAGCGGUCAGCGAUGAUGAUGGCCGAGUUUUUUGAAGCUGGAUAGUUUGCGUUAUUUGUUGCUUUUUUGUGUCUUUAAAUUCUUUAGAUUUUUUUCGUGUAAGAGUUCCUGAGUAAGAGUUCCCGUUGUCUUUUAUUUGAAUAUGUCAAAGAAAGUAUUGACUUGGGUGCGUGUGGGUGUGCGUGCGUGUUUGUGUUUUAAUGAAUAACAAAGCUACAAAAGAAUAAUGUCAAUCUUGUUAAAGGGCCAUGAUUAGUUUCACUAUAAUGUGCCCUUCUCCAUUCUAAUUUUCUUCUUUUAUUAUUAUUAUCAUUAUGUACACGUAGUUUAAGCAACUUUGUACCAAUUGAUAUUGUACAACUAAUGUAUUAUUGAUCAGAUUGAUAUUGUACAACUAAUGUAUUAUAGGAUGGAGUAAAAGUAAAAUACAAAUACAAAUACAAGAGCCAAGAGGUCACCUCUGUUAGAGAUGGUAGUGUACAGGGAUUUGAUAUUCAUGGUGAAAACAUAAUUAUGCUCCUCAAGGAAACGAACAGAUUCGGUGAUACGAAGCAUGUGUUUUGUAUCUUUCACAUAGCUGCGUAAAUUUUGGACUAGCGGGUUGGUGAUCGUGUCUUAGUACGUGGCAAUUAGUUCUGUUGGGCAAUUACAUUCGGAGAUGAUAGACCUACCAGGAUUACAAGACUAGUGGAUUUUUGGCAGCCGAUAGAAUCUUGACGUGCCGGAGGAUUAUACACAGUGAGAUUCAUUACUGAUUCCGUUAGUUCACCUUUCAAGAUGGCCGCCUUACCCUGAUAACCAUGUUGUUAUGUCAGGGGCACCCAACGUCAAUUUUCGGAAAUUAUCUGUUCGGAAGACGAUUUGAGAUCUAGAAUUUUCGGAACAUUUGUUGUAAAAUAUCUUGCUUGCCUGCCUCUCCUAGGAUUUUCGAACAUCUAAAAAAUGGUAUAAUUGCCCAUUUUUAACGGAUUUUUACCCUAAAAAGGUCACCUAGAAUUUUCGGGAGCCUUUUUUCUGGCAGAAAUUUUCGAAAAGAUAAGUUUUGAUCCCUAUAAUUUUCGGAUCACUAGACUUUCAGCUAGGAAAUCCGAACUGGGGAGGGGAUAUUAAUAUACCUAUAUCUACCGACUAAAUUACGUUUAACAAUGCUAUGUUUAAGUGGUUUUGAACUAUAUUCUCGUUGGGUGCCCCUGUUAUGUCUAUAGUGUAGUCGCGUUGCUUUAAGUCCAGCUUGCUAACCUCUCUUCGGCACUUGUAGAUGUAAUAGUCUAAGGUCGAGAAGUUUCCGGUAGGUUGAGUCUUAGGCGUUAAAGAUUUCGAAGAUUUUAGAGUUUGUUGACGUCACAGUUAAACACACUUGGCGUUAACAAAGGCAACCAAAGCUCAGUAUUAGAGUUGGGUGUGAUACCUCGAUUAAUCGCCUCACUCGAAUAAUCGCCCCCCUUCGCCCCUCUCGCCAUCUUCUCUUCCUUUCAUCGCCUCUUUGUCAAGUUGAAGUGCAAUGUGAUCCAGCAAAACUGAUCAGUGACGAUUCAAGCUCUGAAAAUUAAUCAAGGAACUAAAUUUGAGCCCCGGGAUUUGAGCCCAUGUUCAGUUCAUUUGAUGUGAUUAGUUUUUUGUUUAAUGGAAAAGUAAUAAAUGAUAUCUAAUACUUAAGGCAUAACUUCCGGUGAGCAAUAUUUGAAAUAAUAGCCCCCCUCGAAUAAUCGCCUUCCCUCGAAUAAUCUCCCCUUUUUGUGCGAAAAAAGAAAUAAUCGCCCCCGGCUAUUAUUCUGAGGCGAGGAAAUAUAGUAAUUAACAUAAGGAUUUAGAUGGGAAUCAAGCCAAUCUUAAAAGGAAACCUCUCGCUUUAUAAGCAUGGCGCCUUCUUGCUUCAUUUGUGAUAAUUUUUCUGAACCGAUGCGAUUCAGAAACACAGAAGCGCAAGAAGUUGCCAAGAUCGCAUCGGAUGAAAGAUAUUUAACAACUCUCCUCAGGUGCUGAGAUUGGGCUGCCUUUUUUUAACGUCGUUCUUCUGCCGUUUUAAAAAGUCGUUCAAACCAGUUUUGGUUUCUCACAACAGCUAUUUAGUUGGACUGAAUUUAAUUUGAAUUUUGAAGCCAAGACUUGUUACUGUCAAGCUACAUUUUAAAAACUGGGCUUAGUAAGACGGAAGCGUUACGUUCGAAACGGGUCUUCAAAGUUUGAAAGUACCCCGGUCACGUAGCGUGACGACUGCAUCUUGAAUACGGUACAAACAAAAAUAUGAUAUCGAUCAAUGAAUAUUUAGGAAGCCGGAUAAUCCUUCAAUCUUGACACGUACUUGCCCUAAUCGCUUUGUCGACAGAGAGUAUGACGUACACAGACGUUGGUUCGCAUUUGACGCACCCACAACAAUUACGAAAUUGGAAAUGAAGUUUUCGAGUGCUGCGUAAUGUACCGGUCUUGAUACUGGUAUAAAUAAUGGAUAUGAGAAACUGCACAGGCGUUGGUUAAAAAUUAAUAUCAUUGAAAGCAUAUUUAAGGGUCUGACAGACAUGGUCGCAUGUUUAUUUAAAAGAAAGUAAGUGAUCGCCUUAAAUCUCCUGAAUCGCAUCGCUCCUCAACUGUAUGUUCCAUUUCUCGCCUAGGAAAACCACUACAGAACACAGCUAUGAACGGCAUCGCGAGUAUCUCGAUUGCGUUUGUUGCUUUUUUGACAACUUGUAAAGGUAUGAUAAUCAUACGUAUAUAUUUGUUCAAUAUAUUCGCUAUUUAUAAUUUCAGGCAAAUGUUUGUAGGUCAUUCAAUUUUACCUCUUAAGCUAAAAUACAUUAGUCCAAAGCCACUGUAGCAAUGCCAGUUUUUUCCUAGGAAGCUAAUUAAGUGCUUGGUCGGUCAGUACUCAAUUAUUUUCGAUUUUCGAUAUCUGACGAGGGCAAUUUCACUUUUUAUAGAGGUAUUAGUCACGAGGUCAUUGGGAUAUCUACAAGACUCUUGAACCUUUGAACGACCUGAAAUAGUUUUAAUUAUCAAAAAUGUUUGCGCGUUGGAAACGAAGAGAGCUCUUUCAGAGGCUUUUUGCUCUACAAACUGACCUACUCAUGGCUCCUGGCAAUGGCUAACUAACACAUAAAAAACCUUAUAACUUAAACAUUGGCAGUAACAUCUUUCUAAAAUGAUGCAUCUGAGGGUACAGUUGUUUCUUCCGCUCUUCGAACAGACAAAGCCGAAACGACGUUGUGAACAGUGCCCAAUAGCUAGUAAAUAUUUUCAGUCCGCACAAAAAAUAACAGCAAAAUUAUAGAUUAAAAGAAAAUAAAUAUGGAGGCUUUCUACCAAUUUGUGUAAAAGCAUGCAUGCCUUGCGAAAAUGGGUACGGGGUGAAGUAGGUUUCGUCUACUUAGAAAUAAUUCAGUUAAAUAAUUGGAUAACCAAAUAAAAUCGCAGUAUUUAACAUUUUGUUUUCGUCGCAAAUCUUAGGAAACUAGAAAGAAACGAAAAAAUGGCCGAAAGUGUAACAUUUUUCAUAUUUUACCAAGUUGGCAUAGAUGGCUGUUCCUUGUGAAUGCCCACAUAUUUGCCGGCAUUUUUUGGACGGGCGCGUCGCCAAAGACGUAUAACUUCCUCUAUACUUCACGGCACGGUCUGCCUUAUUGCGAAUGCCCUCGCCCACGAGAACCUCAUCCGUAGAAUCAAAUUAUUUCUGAUUGAUGGAAAGAAUAUACGAAGUGUUAUUAACAAUAAUAACAUUAACAAUAGUGAAUAAUUGUUAAUAAGAAUACUAACGAUAACAAUGACGGUAAUAAUAUUGAUAACAAUAAUGUUGCAUUUCAACCUCGUUCCCAAGGUCCUCUCAGGCUACUUGUCCUCCCCUAGCGAGAGACUAGUAGGAAGCACCGUGGGAAGGACGAUGAUUGAAUUUCCGUACAUUACACAUACAUUUCCCUGUUUCCAUAGGUUUUCCUAUAGUUAAACUUAUCAUUUACCCCUUGACUGAACGUUUCAACGGUCGUUCCACUGUGCGCUAAUGCGUUUUCGUUCGGUAUCGCGUGCAUUUUUAUAAGUAUUAAAUAUAUAUAGGGGUGGUUAGCUCGAAAGCUAAGCUCCUCUGAUCACUGUACACUUCUGAUCUAUCCAAGCCAUUAACUUUCUUUUUUCCUUCUUCUUCUUUAUUAGUGUCUUCCUACCUUACUAUAUAUAAUGUAAAUAUUUUAUAAAAGUGUGAAUAAAAUUGAUCGAAUUGAAGUGAAUUGAGUUGUAGGAUUCAAUUGUGUCAAUUUACUUGUCAUUCUCAAUAGCUCUUUGCGAGACAAGAUAUUUCUAAAUUAAUUCAAACGAGUUGGAUAAGACCAGAAAAAAGAAAACGACCAAGUAAUAAAAUUAAAUAUCGUUAAUAUCUCCUGAUAAACGAGUGACAAGACGACCCGCUGAAGCUGAGCCGGUGGACUGUAAUUUCGGGCAAAAUUCAUUGUGUCCAAGGUUUAAAAAGCAAAAAUUAUAACUCAGUAUUGUGGGUGGAUUCUAUAGUUUUAAUGAAUAAACAGAUAGAGAGUUAAGUUGCAAAAUGUCCUUAUUCAGGAUGUUGCAAGUUGAUGUUGCUAUGUGGUGAAUGGCCUGGAAGCAGCAGGCUCACCGGUACAACUUUGGGGAACAUUUUCGGCUGCGGAACCGCCAGCGCGAGCUGACGAAGCCGGAAAUAAGAAUGCGGAAUAGGCCGAGCUAUUCUUCUCGACGGCUAAUUAAUGCUUGCGGCUCGGUCGCUAAAAAUUUUCUUCGAAAGCUCACAAGUAAGCUGCCUGCGCACAGGCGCCGACUAUGUUGUGAGGGAAAUAAAACCGACAAAAAUUUGGCCUAGCGAGAGCUAGAAACGUCAGCCGUUGAAUCUUUUCACGGUAUUAUUAACUUAUAAAGCCAGUUUUUUAUCGGAUAUAAAUGACUUACAGUACUGAUUUUCAUUGCAGUUGCAGGUAAAAUGUCCUUUAAAAAUCAGUGCAUUUAUUGGCACAACUAUUUCCGCACACUCCAUCAGGUAAAUAGCUCUAGAUGCAAAUUCUAGCACAGAUUGGGGAAUUGGACAAUAAUUACUCUGAAAAUUCAGAGAAAAGGCUUUUUAAUUUCACGGAUCAUUUUGUAUAUUGGGUUUGGAAAAAGGGAAUUCCUAGGUGUCAAUUCUGGAAUCUGGGGUGGAAGGGGUGGUUAAUCUCAUAAUUCAUUCCAUCUUCUUGUGUCAUUUUUAUUGAUCUAUCCUCCUUUUCCUUUUCUCUACUUAAUUUUUCUCAGUUAUAAAUUACUUUUAUUUUCCUCUGCCCGUCUCAAUUAGCCAAGCUAUUUGCGAGCAGAGGAUGUUUGUGUGUACAUAUAUGUCAGUGGUUGAGCUAAUUUAAUUUGUACUUAUGGAGAUCAGUAAACUUCAACUUUUAAUUUACGUAACUUAAUUUGUAACUUAUGAAGAUCAAUAAACUUGAACAACUGAACUUCAACUUCUUCAACUUCAUUUGUUCUAAAUGUGAGGGAGAUAAUCUCAUGAUUUUUUGUUCGUUCUACUGAAUGUGCGAGCCUACACCCCCCAAUAGCCUCCCACCCGCAGGCGCAACAUUUUUAUUGGGGGGAUUUUGUCUCUAUUUUAAAGGGUUACAGGCGUUUGUAGACUGGGAGGGAACAAGACGUUUCAAUACGAACUCCCCUAAAAUCGCCUGCGUUGGAGGCUAACAUCCCAACCGAAAAAAAAAAAGGCGACACUGUCCAACCUCUAUGUGCGACCACCUCUCAAUCUUGACCACCUCCAAUAAACGACUAUCUACCCAAAACACCCAAAUGAUCCUAGUUAAAUAAUUACAGUAGGAGACCUCUCUUAAAUUAACGACCCUCCGACCACGUAACUCCCAUUUGAGGGUAACAGUUCUCUAAAGCAACAUUACAUGACCUUCAUUGGAAAAAUAAAACACUCAAAAUAAAGAGGUAUAUUUUGUCUAUUUUCUAUUUUAAAGGGUUCAAUUCGCGGUUUUUUUUCUUCAGGUCCCCAAUGUCACUUGGUCGAAAAGUCUUCAGAAAGAAGCGGAGGACUGGGUCAAAUAUCUAGCAGAAAACAACAAGUUUGAACAUAGCAAUAAGAAUCCUGGGAAUUUAUACCUGUCCCAUCCUAAUGAAUAUCCAGAGGAGUAUUGCAGUGAUGCUAUACAGUGGUUCCAUUCGGAGGAAAAGUUUUAUAAUUACGACAAACCCGGUUAUAAUCAAGCAGCGGGACAUUUUACUACGGUAUGAUCAUAUAUAUUUGGUGUUGGAAUAAACAUUGACUGAAAUAGUUUGAUAAAUAAAUGAGUUAUUAUUUUUUCAAAAAUUUUCCCUUUUCUGACUGUUUUAAAUGUGUGGUGAAUUUUGGGAUCGCACUCGGCGCAAGAUUUACAGCUCAUGGGGGAUACUGUUGUAUUGAUUCAGCAGCCACACAAGUAACGCCCAGCACUUCAGUGAUAAUAGAGGCAGAAUAGUACGGUGUGGAUUACUUUCGUGCGAUUACUCUAGUGCUGCUCGUACCUCUAGUCUGCUACACAGUCGUUUUUAGUGUCGUCACGCAACGCUGGCACAAAAAAUGGCUCUGUAGCAGACUACUCGUACUUCAUGCCUCGGUUUAAAUUUAAAGUAAAAUUAAUACUUUUUCGUCACUUUCAGCAUUCUUUGUUUUGUUUGUUUUUUAUUUUCAGGUGGUUUGGAGAAAUUCCAAAGAAAUUGGGGCAGCGUGGGCCAUUCGCAAAGACAAGAGACUUGUUGUUUCUAUCAAAUACAACCCAGGAGGCAACUAUGUCGGUUACUUCGGUAAAAACGUUUUCCCACCUAUUGCUCGCACUCUAGGUUCUCAAUGGCCUUACACUCCACCCAAGUUUACGUGGUGCCCAGUACCAGUACGACCAACAACGGAUUCCACGGAUCCUAAUGUGGUGCCUGCAGCUGGAAAAGCGAUGAUCUGUAGUCUUUACUUGGUUAUUGCGUCUUUAAUCUUCGCUGAUUUAAUGUUAUGAACUGAUUUGAUCAUGAUUUAAUAAGGUGGGCCGUAAGGGACAUUACAAUUUUUCUUUUUUGCUUAAGUUAUCGCGCGAUAAGUUAAAAUUAUCGCGCGAUAAAAUGAACAGUUAUCGCGCGAUAAAUAAGAAAAUUAUCGCGAGAUAAUUAGUCAGUUUAUCGCGCGAUAAAUUUGCAACAUAUCACAUGAUAGAGAAGCCUGACUCACGCUUUCCACCCACGUGUUUAUAGCCUUUAAUUCUCAGAGUUUAGGUUUUAUAAGAGGGUCUCAAUGAGGUUAACCGAUAGGCGUAAACGGGCAAAAAAUUUAGUCGAUAGCCGUAAAAAUUGAAAAAUUUUAACCGUUAGCCGUAAAUAGGAUAAAAAAGAGUUAACCGUAAAAGAAAUUGUUCCCUAGAUUUGCUACUUUUAACGAGGGUACUAAACUCACUUAUGGUUACGUUUUUUGCUUCCCGGCCGGCUAUUGUGACUCCGUACGCACGUUAGGUAAAUCCAUAGCGAAAGUGUGGCUUCUUGCUGGGGAUCAAUAUUUGCGAUUUUCAGAAGGUCGUGCCCUCGAAACUAGUGAAACAACACGCAGAGAUCUCACUGUUUGUAAAGCACGUUGCCGAUAAACAACAUUUCCCUGUUUUUCUCUGACGCUACGGUAGACAUUGCCAUGCCAUGUCUAGUCCCUGUACGGCGUCUUCCCACGCAGUCUCGGUCAAGGCAUUUCGGUGGCGAACUCGCUCGGACCAGGUGACCCGAAACGCAGCGGCCGCGCGAAAUAAUGAGGCCUACGGACAAGGCAACGGCUGCCGCAGUGGUUCCGUACAGUCCUUCGCUAUCAUUAAAAACACUGGACACGGGAAUUUUGUUAUUGGCCGUUUUCACACUAGAGCUAGAAACGGAUUAUUCGUCUGAGACUAGCCUGUGUACAGUCGCCCCCUUCCGCGUUCCAGACAGACACCCCUUAUCCGAUUUUUUUCUGAGGGGAGGGGGCGGCUGUACACAGGCUAUCUGCAACGAAUAAUCCCUUUCUUCAAACUGUCCGUCGAAAUUAAAGGAUAAAAUCGGGCGGAUUGUUCAUUCAAAAUUAAAACUAUUCCAUUUUCAAAUUAAGACGUAUUUACCUAUCUGACGCGAAUCAUCAAACGGAUAACCCGUCUCACACGAAUAAUCCUCCGUCUCUAGUGUGAAAACGGCCAUUUCUGUUGUAAUGAAUGUCGCGCCCCGGCCUUGAGUUGGACGUUCGCGCGUGUGCUUUGCUUCUUCACAAAGAUUAUUUUUAAAUUGACUAUUGACAUUUCUAUGUGUAAAAUAAUAUUAGAAGUGGAAUGCUUUAUAAAAGGUAUACGAUCUAUCAAAUGUUAAAAUUUUUCAAAAGAAUAGCUUGUUUCACUUCCCGAGAUGAUCUAAAGACCUUUAUUUUGCUUUAAAGAUACAAAAAAUACAGGUUAAUUAAUAUUUAACUUUUUGAAACAAAAGAAGUUAAUUUUUAACUUUUUUGUUAACCGUAACUUAAAAAAAUUAGCCGAUAGCCGUAAAAGAGCACAAAUUUAGCUAAAUUUUAGCCGAUAACCGUAAAUACCACCACCCCAUUGAGACCCUCUUACAAGUAUCUUUGAGAGACCUUCCUCGUUUGUACGAUAUAAUUGGAGGUUCUUUGUAGAUCUAUCUAAGAAGAGGUUGGUUCUCUAUCAGUUGCCAGUGUUUCAUAAGAAUGUUUUUAAGGCUAGCAACUCAAAUUUCAAAGAACGCUUGAUUGACAGAGGCUACCCACAAACCAUGAUAGAAAACCUUCCAUCGGAUAUACAGUUCAUAGAGAGGGAGUCUGCUCUCCUGAAACCCAACAACAAAGAGGAAAAAGAAAUAUUGCCUUUCGUGACACAGUACCAGCCCUCAGUGUCUACUUUAAAAGAAGUUUUAAUGAAAAAAUAGAAUCUUACACAAAACCAUCCUUUACUUCGCCAAAUUUUUAAAGAACCACCUAUCAUUUCCUACAAGAAAGGAAAAUCCCUGAAGGAGAUGCUCGUUAGAGCUAGAAUAUAAAAGGUUAACACAAGGUUUCACGCGGGUAUGGAUGUGCGGCCUGUCACUGCUUGCAUUUUCGCAUGUUAUCCUUUAGUUAUUGCGCAUGCUAAUCCGCCCGGAGAAUUCAGUUCUUUUCUGUAAAUACAUAACAAGAACAUAACCUUUAUUCACUUCACUUAACAAAAGGGACCACUGUUGGACAAUGAAAUACUUUAAACUUGAAGCUAAGAAGUAAUUAUAACCUGGCUUGAUUCUCACUGUAUAGUUUUGAAACGAGAGAUACUUGAUUACAUAUAUAUAGCAAUUGUAAAUCUUAAUUACUCCCCUUUUCCUUCAGGAUUAAAAUGCUGUAAUCCUUGCUUGGAAAUCUAGCUUGACAACUCAAAUGAACUCUAUUAAUUAAAAGCUGGCUUAAAAGUUAGACUAUAACUCCUUCUUAGUAUGAUAAAGAAAGGGUCAACAUCAAGAUAAUGCAUGCAUACAUGCAUGCAACGUUCCAGCUUCUCUUUUUCGUGUGAUAUGUUGCAAUUUAUCGCGCGAUAAACUGACUAAUUAUCGCGCGAUAAUUCAAAUUUAUCGCGCGGUAAACUGACUAAUUAUCGCGCGAUAACUUAAGCAAAAAAAAUUUAUUGUAAUGUCCCUUACGGGCCACCGUAAUUUAAGCCUUUCACUGCCAGAGUGUUUGAUAGGGUUUUGUAAGCUGCCGACUCUAAUUUUUGAGUCUGUGUACCAAAUUCUAUGAUGUGACCACUUAAAUGAAAGCUCUCUGCCUGUACUUUCACAUGAUGAUAUUUGUUUCUGAAAAUUUUAGAAAAUAAAAUUUGGAACUUUGGUCGAUAUUUGCCUUUGGCGACAUUUGGCUGUGAAAGGCAUUUGGCUGUGAAAGGGUUAAACGCGAGUCAGUGAAAGCAAGUAGAUACCAAUGAGCCAUUUAAACGAAAGCGUUGUUAUCCCUACCUACACACAAAUUCUCGAGACUGAUCUCCAUACAUUUCCUAAAGAAUGAGUUGGGAUAAUUUGAUGAAAGAUCAAAGCAUUAUUCCUCAGAUGUCCUCUAAACCUUUUUUCUUGAUUAUGUAUUGAUAUUGUUAUUAUUAUUGGAUGAUGACUACUUCAAUUAACUAACAGCUAUAACAACUAUUUAUUGAUGUAUAACUACUUUUAGUAAAAUCCAAGUAGCUAGUGGUCUAUUAUCAAUGCUGCGUUCUGAUUGGUUGAGCUACUACUAGGCUAUAUGUUAUAGCCUACUAUAGCUACUAGCGAAAAGCGCGCGCUUUUUGGCGGCAAAAAAGGAUUAAAGUCUAGUUUUAACUAGCUAAAUUUUUUUAUUCUCGAUAUUUUUGACCAACUAGUUGGAUUUUACUAAAACAAUUAUUCCUCUCGCCCUCAUGGCCUCUGAGUCAAUAGCUUGUUCGGCCUUCGGCCUCAUGGGCUAUUGACUAAGAGCCCAUUCGGGCUCGAGGAAUAAUUGUUAAGUAUAAUAACCGUUUAGCAAUCAAGUAAGAACCUCUAACUUGGUCAAGACGGAUGUACGCUUUGUCUGAUUUAAUCAAUCAAUACUUAAUGGACGAAUUAUUAAUUAAUAUCUUAUACUGAUAGCUGCUUUAUCCCAAACAUCUGGUUGUCGAGAGGGUUUGGAAACAGUGCAGUAGGGGGUACCUCAUAGAAGAACAUCCCAACUGUCUGGCCUCUUGUAUUGAGUGUAGUGUUUUUCAUUUCCUAUACUUCAUAACUGCCCACUUUGGUAAAAAUAAGUAAUAGUUAACUGUUAAUUAAACAGUUGAUUAACCCACUAGAGACGUGUGUGGACAUAUUUAAGUUCCACUGCUGUACACCCUAGUGGGAGCAAAGAAAGUCUAAAGCUUACGGGAUAUUGUAAAUAGCUGAGCAGAAUAGUCAAACCGCAGAAUUGUAAGUAGAAAGUAGAAUGUCGUUAUAGAGAUUUAAAUUUUCGUUAGUUAAUGCCAUAUCUUUUUUAACCAGUCCUAUUAAGACAAAUAAAAUUCAUUACUGAUCACAAGAACUAGCGAUGGACUUUGCUUUUUGCUGGGAUGCUACAAUUUGUUGUGGCUACUUAUCCUUCAAUACGGUGUAAUUUUUUUGUUUGAAACUCUUUGGACUAAAGAUUGAAAUUCAACUACAACUUACAUCAAUGGUAUUCAAACAUGCGCCUAACUGAAAUUCAAAAGUGUGCCAUAUAUUUCAAUUGCCAUAACAUGGUCUAGGAGAGAAUGUGUUAAAAAAAGGUAAGCAAUACUAGUACGUGGCAGGCAGGGUCGAGCAUGGCAGGCACUUGAAGCUAGAGGACAUAUGUCAUCCGUGUCUGAUAGAAACAACUUUUGUUUGGAACUAUUUCAAGUCAACGUGUCGUGCUCACCAUCUCAGUUCAGACUCGUGCCCAAAGAGAAGAUUGGGGUUCAGUUGAGGCGCCAACCUAAACCCAAUCUUUUCACUCGAUCCAUUCACCCAACAAACUCAUAAAUAGCGACUAGGUCCUCUCUCCUCCGUAAGGGCCUCUUCGUAUCGUAGAGAGGGCUGGAGAGGGGGAAACAGAAAGCUCGCGGGGGACGAUGGGAAGGGGAAAGAGAAGAAGAAGCUAGAAAUUCGGCGCCAUCUUGAAUGCAUUAUAUGGCAGAGGAUCCCGCCUUUUGCCUCUUCCCAUCGUCCCCCGCGCGCUUUCUGCUUUCGAUUAUUGCUGUUUUUAUUGGAAUACCCAGCGGGAGCCUGGUCUAUGAGCUAAAGUUGAAUGCCUCUGUGUUUGUCAUAACUGUGACGAAUAUGUAUUUUUAAAGGUAAAUUUAAUAAUUAUGCUUCCUAGGAUAAAAGAAAACUAUUUGAGCGAUUGAAAAUUCUCUUCGUCGCCUAAUAACAAAUUAGUUUUCAUAUACCUGCAUGUAAACUUUAUUACGCCUGUACACUCCCUCAUUCUAAGCCUGAAAAGAAUGUGCUCCCAACAUGUUCCAUUAGCUGUGUGUAUACUAAAGCCAAAGUCAACAAGCAAACUUGAAAGAAACUAACAAAACGUAAUUAAAUCGGUACUUUGUACAAACAUUUAUAAGCUAUUUGAAAUGUCAGAUAAAAAACAAGUCUGAAAGCUAUAAGUGCUUUUACCCGUGACGUUCCACACGUCAUGCUGAGGAAAUAUGUCUACAUCUGAAAAAAAUCACGAAGUGAUUAUGUUUAGAAGCCUUGUUUUUUUAGGUUAUCUGUUGCUGCUAAGUAUGACUGUUCAGAAAGCAGGUUAGUGUAUUCUAGAAGUAGGGAAACUUAAAUUCUGUACAUGCGCAAGAUUGACUCAGACAUAACCACUGUUUUCGUUUAUAGUCAUGGAACUCAAAUGAAAUUAGCCCCUGGAAGGCUGUAUUUUUUCCCACCUCUCUUUGCAAAUUGCAGUACACGUUACCAGGAGCCCAUGGGUUCCUGACGUUACCCAGAAACUGGAGAUAGAACAUCACUUUGCAGGUCUUGAUGAACGAAAAUGAAACACUGUAACACUGUGGGAAUUCGAAAUCGGAAAGAAGUGAAAGUACGCCAAAUUACUGAAAUUCAAUGUUAAACACUGAAAUAGUUUUUGGGAGAAAUUCGUGCACAGAGUCGGCCUUAUUCGAUUAAUUUGAGCCAAGUUGUAUGGAAACCUAAAAUACAGGAGGGUUUUGCUGACUGGUUAUAUUAGCUGACACAGAUUACAUAACUGUCCAUUUGAAAUGCAAGUACGAUUUGGGACAGCUAAUGAAAACUGGUAUUUAAAAUCAAUUGUUGAACUGAUCAUGAAGAUCGAUUCUAAUGUUUCAGCGGUUAAAUUAAUUACAAAAAGGGAUUUAAAGGCAAUAGAAGAAGGAGAUAAAUGUCCCUAGAAGAGUAAACAGGCUCAUCAUAUCUGCGAUUAAUUGACAUUCAGAUAUCUUUUUUGCUCGACGUUUUUAAUAGUCCCUGAGUUCGUUUGUCUAUGAAUGCACAAAGUUCAGGUAGUAAAACAAAAAUUGUGAGCUGAACGAAAUUUCAAUACAGAAGAAAGUUACAACAUAUUUUUAAAUUACAUAUUGUCUACGAAAAAGACGCUUAGUGAUUCUUUAUUUUAAAACAACAAUACUAGAUUCCUCUGUUGCCAGAAUAACCUGAAGCACUCCUCAUUGUCUGUCAGUCCAAUUCAAACAAACAAAUUGGUACAAUUUUCGAUUAAGUGUUCUGUCAAUCUAAUAUGGCAGCAAUCCAAAUAUCAUAGCUGACCAAAUUAUUAAAUUUAGGCUCUCUGAAAAGGUUUUGUCAAACGAUAUACUGCUACUUACCAACUCACUGAUUGAUUGUUCUACGUUCUAAAUAUCAUUUGAGAAUGUAAAAAAACUAAUUCCCCUUGUGAAAGACAGAAAUUAAGUCAAUUUCGUCGAAUUGAGCAUUUCGGCAAAUGUCAAUGCGUUUACAAUGCACUUUAAUGUUGGACGACUCUGCUGAUUUUAUUGGCAGGUUGUUCUUUGUCAUGUAAACAGCCUUCGCUUAUCUGGCAUAACCACUUCAGGAGAAUCCAUCAGGUAAUUUACUUCUAACUUUCAACUGCCCGAGGCCUCCCGGCCGGGUUAGUGGGCAAGAUGUUAUAAAACCGUCCGCUUCCGUAACCAAUCAGAUCGCAUGAUUUGGAGAAUCCCGCCCGGUCGCAAACUUAGGAAAAAACAAAAUAGAAUAAAAUGCAAAGAUAUCAAAACUAUUCAAGAUGCCAAUCAAAUAUUUACAAUGAAUAACAAUAACAAUAAUGGUUCAGUCGGUCACAAAAUUUUGAGCUUCGUGUCGAAGUUUUUCACGUAGCUAGAUUCUAUUUUGGUUGUUUAUACUUUGAUGCAGUAGCACAAACAUUAUUUAUUCUCAAGUAUCGUCGAUGUGCCUGCUUGCGAGGAGCGGUAAAAGAAGCGAAAGAAUUAAAAAGGAUGAAAUGAUCUAGGAACUGGAAAUUUGUGCCGAUCUCCUUCCCAUCAAUGUGCAUCACAUGGUUUGGGUUUUGUAUGAUUAUCAAAGGAUUAACCUCUGAAGCCCUAAUAUUCAAAUACAAAUUCUCCAGACUGAUCUCUAUACAUUUCCUUAAAGAAUACGUUGAGAGAAUUUGGUUUAAGAUCAAAGCUUUUCCCAUCAGAUGAUCAUUUCAUUAAUUCUCACAACAUUUUCUUUAGAUUAUAUAGUGAUAUUGUUAGAAGAAAAUUGGCUUUGGUCACUCUUACGGCUCAAAGGUUUAAGGGAUUGCACGACCGGCAGAUAAAUUUGAAUAGAAUAAUGGUAAUAAGGAAAAAAUUGAACAUAAGUUGGCUUUGGAAAUAAAACCGUUUUUUGUCUUCGUAGGAUAAUUAUUUCUUUUAAUGCCAAAAAAACAUCCUCACAACCGUGUACAUUAAAUUUAGUGACAUUUUGCUUAGAGUAAGAACAAGAAGAUCACUAAUAGCAAAUAGUUAAAGAAGCUUGAAAAAAGAAACAAACAGAAAAGAGCUUUGACUUGAGAGAAAGAGAAAGUGUGUGUCCCAGUCCCUCUCGUACCUGCCAAACGAGUUGCUUCAAAGCAGUACCAAGUGUAGGAAGCAAGUCGAUCAACCUAAUGGUAGACGGUUUCUUUAGACCAAGCGGUGGUCCACUAAUAAUCUAAGGCAAACCAUACCGAAAAAACUUACAGCAAAGAAUGAAGUAAAAGCGACAGAUCUUUUAUACCUUAUCUCCUGAAAUGCAGAUACUGAGUUUUCCCAGGAGCCCAUCAAAUGGAGCCUCCAUCUCCCAUACAAGCCCUUGGAGUCAACCCUUUCCCGAGUAGAUUUAUAAUUAGAACGGUUCCCAGGGGAGACUUCGCGCGCCGACGGUGGGAAGAGCCAAUCACAACGACGUAAUGACACUGCUAUUGUACUUUCUCAAACAGCAGGAAAUUCGGUGUUGACACGCCAAACACAAUCAUAAGCUAGUGAAACGUGACUUUAGCGUUUUCAUCCCUCAGAGAUUUUCUUUCUUUUCUUUCUAGCGGGUAGAUUAUACUGUAGAGAGUUUUAAACUCUUACUAUGUUAAUUUUAAGUUUGGUUACUUGUCUCACAUUAAGAGGCCAUAAAGCUGGUCUGUUACAUGCGUAAUGAUUAACUACUACCUGCAGUCUGUGGCUCUGACAGGAUUCGUUUUCUUUAGCCAAUUUUUUUGAGCGUUAAGGUUCCUAUGUCGGCUAAAUGACUCAAUAUUAAUCAAAUUUCUAGUUUUUCAAGUGUUUUUUUUCAAAAAUGCCUUUAUCUGAAUAAAUACUUGUAGUCCUUGUGGCUGUUUUGCCCGUCAGCUAGUGUGAUGAUUCCCUGCUAUGUUUUGUAACGCCGGGCCCAGCCAUUGUUUCUCGCAAAAAAGUGAUCUACAGCCGGGCGAAUUCGAAGGAAAGAAUUGGCCUAAACUUCUACAUUAAUUGCUGAGAAUUGUCCUGUUAGUCAGUCAUAAUUCCAGUUUGGCGCAGAUACAAUCCAUUUUGUUUUUCUUGAGAUAAGAGGGUAUUUGGACUGGAGCACGAUGUCACAAAUUCCUCCGUUAGCAAAUUACUUUUGAGUUAGCUUCACGGUCGAGCAACUGUUGUCUUCUGUUCAACUUUUCAAGUGCCAGUUUUAUCAGGCAACUCUCACGGUGAUACAAGUCAGUUGUAAAGGAAGACUGCAAUUUCUCAAAUUUCGGAACUUAAGCAUUCCUCCUUAGUUGUUAGAUAGGUCAUCGCUUUUGCACGCGGUGCUUAACUGGCGAAAUCCACUCCACGGUGAUGACAAAAAUCAAAUGAUCAUGCCCUGGCACUUUUUCUGCGCUGAUCAUCGAAAAGUUCCAAAUCGUCCACAGAACGCUUAAUAUUGGUCGUCUCUUUUCAAGGUGCAUGCUUAAAUGUGGGAUGCAUGACGGCAAAAAAAAAAACACUCGCAAAGAUAACCCUUCCGUGAUCCUCAGUUCGCUGCCUUUGUCCCACGGCUUCAUGCUCAGUCAGCGGGUAAUUCAUUAACUUAUAUUUCAUGAUACCCAGAUCCCAGCGUUUGUAAAAUUGUAAAAAUGGACGUAUAGUAAAAAAGGAAAACGGUCGAAGGAUGGGCUUUUGGGUUCGACUUCAUCCAACUUCAUUUUUUCACGGUGACAUACGAGACUCACGGAAAUAUGACGUAUUCGUUCGCGGGAAACAAGCCGUUCUAUUUAUAAAUCUACUCGGGAAAGGGUUGACUCAAGAAAUUAAUGGAGAUGGAGGCUCCAUUUGAUGGGCUCCUGGUUUUCCUUCAUAGGUUGCUAACGUAACUUGGUCACCUGAUCUCUGGAAGAAAGCCAACGCGUGGGCCGAUUACUUGGCCAGACACAACAAAUUCGAACACGAGAGGAAACAUCCUGGAAAUUUGUUCUUAAGUCCUGGAAGGCCUGCCAAACCUUGUGAACAAGCAGUAAAAUUGUUCUACCAGGAGGAGAAAAAUUAUGAUUAUAGUAAGCCACGGUAUUACCCAAAAGCUGCACAUUUCACCCAGGUAAAAACUUCGGAUUAAUUUAGGUUUCUGGGAAACUGCCCACCUACCCCUCCCCUAAGCCAUCAUUUUGCCUAAAGUGAGAAGUAAGUGUUAAUGUUGACUCAGGGGAGGGGUAGGUGGGCAGUUUCUCAGAAACCUAAAUUGAUCUACAGCAAAUAUGGUUAAGACCACCCUCUUUGGCACCAGGGUUAAUUUUGAUUUGAGAUUUAAAAUCAGGUCAGUUAUGAAAAAUGGCAGCAGCAAAUGGUAGAGAUAGCCAUGCAAUUGUCGAUUCAUGUGAGAACGAUGAUAUUGUUAAGUUCCUGGAUCUCUUCUUGAUGUUUAAACGACUAACGACAAACGUUAAGCUAGGGUUGCGGGAAAAGAGGUGACGCGGUCAUCUCUGCACUUGCAGUUGCAAACGUGAUUCUUAAACUCUCCAUUAUUUUCCACCUUACGUUACGCCUGUCAGUUGCAUCUCGCAUGAAACGUGUUUUGUGACGUGUCCUGCAUUCAAAUUUUUAUAUCGAGGUUUAAUAUUGUUGUCAACAAGCUCGUAUCUUUAUGGCUGUAGCAGGGAUGGGCCAUGGUGGCGACUUUCACCACCUCAGCCGUCCUAUCUCCAUGGAACUUGAUAAGUGCUUGGAGACAAAUUAAUGAAUGUUUAGCCCAAUUUUAUAACUCUUUCCUUUCCUUUUUUAGCUCGUCUGGAAAAACACAAAGCAAAUCGGCGCAGCCAGCAAACGUAGAAAAGACGGGAAAACUGUGGUGGUAGUAAAAUAUUUCCCCCCCGGAAACGUUGGAGGUUAUUUUUCCAGAAAUGUGUUUCCUCCGAAAAAGCCCAUCUUGACAACCUCCGUUCCACAUUGUAUAACGGCAACCACCCAGGAGGGUCGCCCACUCCCUUCUGUAACCACCUCUGCUUCUAACGUCAGCAUUGUCACAACAGAUUGUAAACAAGUUGUCACCAAACCAAACGUUGUUAGGGCAGGUGUUUCUGCUGUACUAGAAUCACAGAGACUGGCCACGUUUGUUGUCCAGUGGGUGUUUUUUGUUUACCUAAUAUCUUAAACACAUGGCAAC